UCAAUUACAGCACUACUGACUAUCGGAAUAGUUGUAAUGUGGUACGAUUCACCGGAAUGCAAGCUACACGAGCCUGGUUGCCCCGAAUUCAUUCUUACACACAUUUCACCGCAUGUGUUAUCUCGGCUUGGUUCAGUCUUAUUUUGCCUGGAGUUCAAGACUCGUUGUUUCCUCUCUUUUUUCUGUCCGGUCUGCUUGCAUUCAUUUCUGACCUUCGUUUUUAUUAUCCAUAGAUACCUUAUACCUCACCCUUGCUUCUACUGCUCUGGACAGUCUGCACAACAUUGCCAAGCACUUCAUUUUCCGAUGUGUCAUUGUGCUGGCUCGUGCAUGCUCCUGUACACACGCUCAAAGUUUAAUUGCAGCCAAUGCAUCUUUUCAUCGGAUUGCACAUAUUCAUUUCAGAUUAUUCUCGCUCACUCACUCACCGCUCUCCAUUCUCGUUGGCUAUUCUUUUUAUUCCUUCUUAUUUCCCCUCUCUGUCGUUUAGAUCUCAGUAUUGAUAUCACAGUAACCGAACCUCUUGUGAUCACCGGACCGAGUGGUGUGGGCAAGACCGCUCUGUUGCGUGUAUUGGCAGACCUGUGGCCCGGGCUGUCGGCCUACUUCUACCGGGCUUCACACAUCCAAACCAUGUUUGUGCCUCAGAAACCGUUUGUGCCAUGUGCAUUCGCUUGUCCGAGUCGACUGUUCAAUGUGCUCGAUAUGGACCAGGCUUGCCAUCCAGCACCGGGACAACAAUCGUGCUCACCGGAAACGGACGAUCGUUAUCGUGCUUUACACUUAGCCUAUCUGUUGCUCAGUGUGGUCGAGGUGCCAAAUUUAGCACAAGAAGACUACAAUCUCGGUACGAGGAACUAUAAACUCGGGAGCUUCUUUCCAACCUUGUAG